AUGGCUACCCCUAGUGUCCUAGCUUUCGACGCUGAGGGUCGCGCCAUUGAUUUUGAGGUCUGGUUAGACGACCUGCAGCUGUUCUUACAGUGCGACAGGGCUGACGACCUUUCUCUCUUUGACCUCACCUCUGGCGCCUCUCCUGCUCCUGCUGCUGAUGCUGAUCCCUCUGUCCGCUCUCAGUGGGCCACCCGCGAUGCUGCUGCACGUCUUGCUGUGCGUCGCCACCUCCCUACCUCUGAGCGUGCGCACUUUAGCCAGUACAAGAGUGCUCAGACCUUGUACGACGCUGUAGUUGCGCGCUACUCCUCCCCUGCCACUGCUGCACUGAGCCUCGCGCGCCUCCCUGACUCCCUUCGCGUCGUCAGGGACCACUUUCUCGCUGUCUGUCCCUCCACCCUCACCGUCGACCUCCUCGAGAAGGCCCUCCUCGCAGCGGAGAAGAGCAUAGUCGCUGUAGGUGCUUCUCGUGGUGACCCUCGCACCCCCAUCUUUGAGGGGUGCUCUCCUUCCCCCUUGCUGCCCUCUGUUGCCUCUGCUGCUGCUGCCGACCUGCUUGGUCUUGAGUCGGUCGGCGCGGCGUCUACCCCUAGUGGGAGACGUCGCUCCAGCAAGGGCAAGGGGGGCAAGGGCGCGGGUGGAGCUGGAGGGGGCGGUGGCGGUGGCGGCGGUGGCGGCGGAGGGAGUGGGGGUGGUGGCGGGACUAGUGGCGGGGGUGGUGGUGGUGGUGGUGGCAGCAGCGGCGGAGACGGUGGUGGUGGUGCCAGCGGUGGUGGUGGAGGCAGCGGCGGAGGUGGAGGCGGCGGAGGUGGAGGCGGUGGAGGCGGCAGCGGAGGAGGCGGUGGUGGUGGAGGAGGUGGAGCUGGUCGGGGUGGUACCCAGCAGCGUAGCGGCGGUGGUGGUGGCCAGCGCUCACAGCGGCAGCAGCAGCAGCGCUCGCGGGACAUCCCUCCGCCUCAGCAGCUUCGUGAGUGGUACGCUGGGCGUCAGAGGGGUGGGGGUACUGGUCCCUGCACCUACGUUCUUCGUUCCGGCGACCGCGCGGGUGAGCAGUGUGGGGGUGCCCACGCCACCCAGCGCUGCUUUGGCCGCCUGACGGAUGCUUGGCGUCGGCAGUUCCCUGGGGCUAGUGAGAUCCCUCGCUGGGAUGAGCUUCUUAGGAUUGGUGUAGCGAUCUUUGAUCUUGAUUUUGAUGCUAUCCUUGCUGCUAUGUAUGCUGUGGAUUAUAGUGAGGAGAAUGAGGGUUACCGGUGUUUCCAGCCUGACCCGGGCAUUGGUACUGCUGCGCUAGGUGCUUGUGAGGCUGCUGCUCUAGGUGCCAGUGCGUCUGUGCUCUCAGGUACUGGUGAGACUGCGCUCUUAGGUACUGCGUCGUCCUCGUCCUCCCUCACUUUCACACUUGACUCCGGGGCUUCUCGCUCCUUCUUUCGGGACCGCACUACCCUUACGCCGCUCGGCCGGCCGGUUGCGGUCUCCCUUGCUGACCCCUCUGGGGGUCCUGUCCUGUCUCACUUCUCCACUGUCCUCCCGUGUCCGGCUGCCCCUUCGGGCACCCUGUCUGGUCUGUACCUUCCCUCGUUCUCUACGAACUUGGUGAGUGGAGCGGACCUGCAGGAUGUGGGGGUUCACCAGUUCACUCCUGCGACUGAGUCUCCUCCUGUCCCUGCGUCUGGUCAGGUGGCUGCGUCAGGUCAGGUGCUUGCUGCUGCGUCCCAGUCAGGACCUUCCUGUGUCCCCUGUGUCGAGGGUCGCCUCCGGGCUACUCCUCACUCCUCCCACUUCCCCCCGACAGAGGCUCCACUGCAGACGCUUCACAUGGAUGUGUGGGGCCCAGCCCCCGUCCGUGGGCAGGGUCACCAACGCUACUUCCUGUUGGUGGUUGACGACUACUCGCGUUACACCACAGUCCUCCCCUUGCGCAGCAAGGGUGCGGUCACUGAGGUGCUGAUCGACUGGAUCCGCGAGGCUUGUCUCCAGCUCAGGAAGAGCUUCGGCUCGGACUUUCCUGUUCUGCGUCUGCACUCGGACAGAGGCGGAGAGUUCUCUUCUCGCCUUCUGCGAGACUACUGUCGUGCACGGAAGAUCCGCCAAACCUUCACGCUUCCGGGCUCACCACAGCAAAAUGGGAUUGCUGAGCGCCGCAUUGGCAUGGUCAUGGAUGUCGCUCGUACGUCCAUGAUGCAUGCGGCUGCCCCCCAUUUUCUGUGGCCGUUUGCGGUGAGGUACGCGGCGCAUCAGCUCAACCUUCACCCCCGGGUCUCUCGGCCUGCGAUGUCCCCCGCCUUGCUGUGGACGGGGAAGGUUGGCGAUGCGUCUGUGUUCCGUGUCUGGGGAUCUCGGGAAUUUGUCCGCGACUUGUCUGCGGACAAGCUGUCCCCUCGUGCUGCUCCCUGUGUCUUCCUUGGCUUCCCCACUGACGCCCCAGGGUGGCAGUUUUACCACCCCUCCUCUCGUCGUGUUCUGUCCUCCCAGGACGUCACGUUUGACGAGUCAGUCCCCUUCUACCGUCUCUUCCCCUACCGCACUCCUUCCCUCCCCCCUCCCCCGGACUUCCUUGUGCCGGUUCCCCCCCCAGUAGACCCCCUCCCCCCUCAGGUUCCUGCCCCCUCAGGUGUGUCCCAGGUAGACGCCGUUGACCCGGUCGAGGUUACUGGUGACUCUGGUGCUGCUGCGGGUGCUGAGCCUGGGGGUGCUGACUCUGGGGGUGCUGUGCGCGGGGGUGCUGAGCCUGGGGGUGCUACUGCUGGGGGUGCUGGGCCUGAGGGUGCUACUGCGGAGGGUGCGGAGCCUGGGGGUGCUGAGCCGGGGGGUGCUGUGCCUGGAGGUGCUGGGUCUGGGGGUGCUGGGUCGGGAGCUGCUGAGCCUGGGGGUGCUGACCUGGGAGCUGCUGAGCCUGGGGGUGCUGCGUCUGGAGCUGCUGAGCCUGGGGUUUCUCCUGCUGCUGCGUCUCACCGGGAGCCCCUCUCUCCACAGGAGCUGCGCGAGUGGUUCACUCGCCGCUGGAGGCGUGCUGCUGAGUCUGGAGGUGCUGCUGGAGCUAGAGCUGGAGCUUCUUCGACCGCCGAGGGUGCGGGUGCUGCCGGUCCCGAAGCUGCUGGACCUGCGGGUCCUCCUGGAGCUGGAGCUGCUGAGGGUGUUGGUGCUGAGUCUACUGCUGUUGGUCCUGCCGCUGGAGGUGUGGGUGGCGCUGGUGCUGUCGCUGAGGGUGCUGGUGCUGUUCCUGCUGAGUCUGGAGCUGCCGCGCGGCCUCGACCGUACUUCGUUCCGCUCCUGCAGCAGGUUCUUGGUCUUUCUCCUCCAGUAGAGGGUCCACCGCCUGUCCAGUCGCAGUCCCUGCUGGAGCCUUCCUCUCCACUGCCUGCUCCCUCUCCUUACACUGGUCCUACUGGAGGUCUUGCUGAGCGUCGUGAGCCUGCGUCUCGUCCCGCGUCGCCUGUUCGUGCUGCUCGCGCUAGUGGUCGCAGUUCGCAUCAGCGUCCUCCUCCUGUCCCUGGCACGCACCGGAUGUCUUUGCGUCCGUCCACUGCUCCUCUGCGUGCCCCUUUGCCUUCUCCUCCUGAGUCCUCUCUUCCUACGCUUGCCGACCCUGAGUCGGACUCUCUUCGUGCUGCCAGUCCUACUGUCACGCGUCUGCUUGCUACUAUCGUCACUGACCCCUCUUUUGAGUCCACUGCUGCGUCUGCUCUAGUCGCUGAGCUCGUCGACUUUGCUGCUCGCUGUCGUCUCGACUACGCUGCUAGUCUUGUUGCUGAGUCUGCGUCUGUCUGUCCUCCGUCCGUCGGGGGUGAGUGUGCUCUUGGCACGGACGUCCUAGAGGACAGGCAGGAGGAGUUAUAG